ACGCGGGUCAUCAAAACAGGGCUUUACGGAGAGGUCUUCUGGUUUAAUCCACUUUGACAUCAGUUUGAGAAGCCUGUUUACAUUCCUCCCGUACAGCUAAUGAGAGACAAAACACAAACCAUACAAGAAUGGCAGAGACUCAUGGUUUGAUGGAGAGAUUGGAGAAAGCAGUGACUCGACUCGAAUCAUUAUUUUCCAAUUCACAUAGGUCUGGUGGAAUGGAGUGUGAUGGCAUCAAUGGAGUCAAUGGAAGCAUAGCACCAUAUGUUGAAGCCUUUGAUAGGCUGCUGAAUGGAAGUGUUGCAGAGUUUCUCAGGUACAGCAAGAUUCUUGAAGGUGACGUGAAGACACAUGCAGAGAUGGUACGUGCUGCUUUCCAAGCGCAGAGAUCUUUCCUGGUGUUGGCAUCUCAGUGUCAAGAGCCUCAAGAGAAUGAGGUGGCAAUGCUUCUCAAGCCAAUAUCAGAGAAGAUUCAAGAAAUCCAGAACUUCAGAGAAAGGAACAGAGGAAGUAAAAUGUUCAACCACCUGUCAGCCGUCAGUGAGAGCAUACCUGCCCUUGGGUGGAUAGCAGUGUCUCCUAAACCAGGCCCUUAUGUCAAGGAGAUGAAUGAUGCUGCUACCUUUUAUACUAACAGGGUAUUAAAGGACUACAAGAACAGUGACACACGCCAUGUUGAUUGGGUAAAGUCAUAUCUGAACAUCUGGUCUGAGCUUCAAGCUUAUAUCAAAGAGCAUCAUACCACAGGUCUCACCUGGAGUAAAACUGGUCCUGUCGCAUCAUCCAUGUCUAUGCGAUCUGUUCUAACAAGCGGGUCGUGCCUUUCCCCGCCCCCGCCGCCGCCGCCACCGCCCCCGGGACCGCCUCCCAUCUUUGAUACAGAAACCGCCAAGGACGAAGGAACUGCGGCUCGCUCAGCCCUGUUUGCACAGCUUAACCAGGGAGAGGCAAUCACCAAAGGGCUUCGACAUGUCUCUGAUGACCAGAAGACUCACAAGAACCCCAGCCUACGUGCCCAAGGUCCAUCUGUUCGUUCUCCAACAAAAAGCCAUACUCCAAGUCCCACCUCUCCCAAAAAUUCCCCACAGCAGAGCCAUGCCCCUGUCUUGGAGCUAGAGGGAAAGAAGUGGAGAGUGGAAUAUCAAGAGGAUAAGAAUGACCUGGUCAUUAACAACACUGAACUCAAGCAAGUGGCCUACAUUUUCAAGUGUAACAAAUCUACACUUCAGAUAAAAGGAAAAAUCAACUCAAUUACUAUUGACAACUGUAAAAAGUUUGGCCUUGUGUUUGACAAUGUUGUGGGAAUCGUGGAAGUGAUCAACUCCAGGGAUAUUCAGAUUCAGGUGAUGGGGAAAGUGCCAACCAUUUCUAUUAACAAAACAGAAGGCUGCCACAUCUACCUCAGUGAGGAAUCAUUAGAUUGUGAGAUUGUGAGUGCCAAGUCAUCCGAGAUGAACAUUCUCAUCCCCCAAGAUGGUGAUUAUAAAGAAUUUCCGGUUCCUGAACAGUUCAAGACAGCAUGGGAUGGAUCGAAGUUGGUCACUGAACCUGCAGAGAUUGUGGGUUAAUUUCCUAGCGCCAUACAGCACUUGCUGACCGCGGCCAGACCGCAGCCAGCACGUACAAAGCAGUAAUGUAAAGAACUAGAAGUAGCAGGAGUUCACACUGCUGUGAUAGGCCUUCAAGCAUUAGCUCUGCAUGCUAGAAACAAUAACACAUCUGGCACCCUUCUGUUAAGCACCCCGGUGCUUUUCACGUUUCCACAGUUUGCCUUCACGUACAGUUUUAAUUCUAAAUGUGAAUGUAAUAGAUUAAAACUCCCCACCCCUCAGUCACAUCAUUGGUUUGAGACACUGUAUACAUGAAACCCAAAUACUGCAUGAUACACUUUUUUUACCAUCUUGCUUCAGUGCAUUCCUUUUUGUGUUUCUGCUAAUCAAAAAACAGCAUUAAGACUUUAAGCUGUUUAUUUUUACCUAUUAAGCAAUUCCUGUAUGAUGCAGUAAAAAUUACCCCAAGAAAGUAGGCAGUUCCUCAUAGUUCUGUGGCAAUCAUAAUGGGUUUUGUCUUAAAUGAGCAAAGAAGGACAGCUUUCAGCACAGCAAUACAUUUUGCUAACUGAAGAUUAAAAAAAAAUCUGAUAUUUUAAUCAAACACUUUUCUAAUAUGUGUAUUUAGAAGAUCCCACAGUUUUCUGUGAGGAAAGAUUUUAUUAUGAUUCACAGACUUGCAUCAUCUGAGCUAAGACCUUGCAGCAAAUUAUUUGAAGGUAUUUUGUUCCUUGGCUUGAAGGUAUUUUUCUCCUUGGAUUUCUUUUUUCCUUUUUUUUUUUUUUUUGCUGACAUAGUCUCUCACUUUUUAAAAUUUCACAUUGUAUCUUGCAUACUAUACAGAAAACUGAGGGAGGCAUAUACAUCUGAUACCAGCUAGUUUUCCUUACUAAUAAAUUUCCUUUAAAAUAUUUCUAUUGUAGCUCAAAUUCAUUGAAAAUAUCUUCCUUUUUUUCCCCCCCAUAUUUUUAGGACUUACUCAAUUUCAAAUACGUCCACAAAGCAAAGCCAUAGAUUAUGCCAUACUAAUUCUGAGCCCAAAUAAAAGGGCAAUUUCCUGUUUAGACCUUUGACUGUACUUUAUAGUCCCUACUGUACAUGCUUUUUUAACGAAGGUGAAAUGUUGUAUACAUUUGUACUAUUUCAGCACAUAGUACAAAUAAAAUUUUAAACAUUUAAAAAGUUGGCUUAUGUUUUUGAACACUUGUAAUACUUUGUAUCAGUGAAAUCACAGUGAGAUGUUUGCAGAGCUAGUUACAAGCUAUAUUUUGUGCCUAAUUUACCUUGAAAGUACAUUAACUCUUGAGGGUUUUUAAGUAUAUCUUUGAUUGUAAACCCUAUACAAUACAACCAGUAGUGCUCAUUCCAUACAGUUUUGCUAUCUGAUGUUUAAUCUAUGUGUAUAAUGUGUUUGCUUUAAUAUAUACCAUUUUUUCAACAGUAAACUUCUUAUGAAAUAAAAAGGAAAAUGUACUUGUUUAAAAACAAA